AUAAAUAUGGCGGCAAAGUUCGAUGAAGAUGUGAGAGAGCAAGAGACUUUGUUUACUAAGAUAUAUGUUUCAGAAUGGACUCAGGCGGAUAUAGACAGAAUGUCAAUAUUUUAUGACAAUACAUCAGUACCGCUGCAUGAAUUUACCGCUCGUGUUAAAACUGUAGCAUGGAAGGGUCGUAUAAACAGAACGUCGCCUAUGUAUUUCAAGGAGUUCGAGUCUACUCUUCGGAAAGGCAUCACUUUCUGCCUACCAUGUGAUUCGCUCCCCCGCCCUGUGAACGUGUUGGAAACAGAACAUCACCUGAAACUAAUAAACAAACAACGUGAAUACUUCACGGAGUUCGCAACAGGGAUGAAAUCACAGAUGCAUUUAUCAAAGUCAGCAGAAUUGGAGUACGACUUUUUCAAAACGAGAACUUAUGACUUCCUGGUUUAUCUUGGAAAGUUUCAAGAGAUCAGAGCAACUUGUCCAUGUAAAGAAAUUCAGUACACCAACCUGUUUAUGGAGUUUUCAAAAAUAUUUGCACUAAAACCAGAGGUUGGUGAAAUACGUGAAAGACGCAUCAGAAUUGGAAGUCAGACUGUUGUGUGUAUUCCAGAUGUGAGAUUUCUACGCUAUCCACAAAUUGCUGAUCACUCGCUGCUAGUCAUGCACACAGAGGUUUUUCGGUCUGACAAAAUUUGGUUCGGUCUGGUGUGUUCAUUGAUUACACAGGACCGAAUGUCCUGUGUGGUCCAAAAAACUGGUUCCACAAAGGGAAAGAACUAUUGAGCAACUCAGAAAUUGCGUAUUGCUACCUGCUGCUAGUCAUGCACACAGAGGUAGGAUUUCUACGCUAUCCACAAAUUGUUGAUCACUGGCUGCUAGUCAUACAUGCAGAGUUAAGAUUUCUACAUUAUCCACAAAUUGCUGAUCACUGCUAGCCAUACAUACAGAGGUGAAUUUAAUAAAACCCUCUGAUGACCAGGAGGAAACGUUUGACAUUCAUAAGUUAACAACACAGACACUGGGACUGCAUGGAGGAGAACUACUGGCAGAGAGGAAGUUUUCUAUAUUCAAGCCUGGUGUGCUGGGAAUUAUCUGUCUAAGGACAAAGCUUAUAUUCACCUUCAUGGAAAUGACAGAAGACCAUUACAACUGCAUUGAGAGAGGAAGGAGUUGUGAUGAACAUCAUGCCAAAAUCAUUUAUACAAAACCGUAUGAUUAUUUGAAUGAAGAAGAAAGGGAGGAAAUGUACAGCCUCCUGUUCUGGUUAGGUUACCUUCAGCAGUGCACUUGACAAGAGUUAUGUCUGCUACACAGAUCAUAGUGAAUACCAACUUUCUUCAGCUCUGCAGACGAUUUGCCGUUAUCGUUAUUUUGGUUGUUAUCCUUUUGUCAUAUCUACGGGUUGAGUUCUUUUCGUUUGGUCAGGAUGGACAAUACCAAGCAAUGGUGUUUCUAAAAACGCACAAGACGGGCGGAUCCACGAUUGUGACAAUUCUUCAGCGUUAUGGGGAACGUCAUAGAUUGCAAAUUGCUUUACCAAAGAAGACCUUUGGUGAACUCCGAUACAACUAUUUCGGUGAUGUGGGCGAGACACUCUCUGAUAAUCAUAUCUAUAAUCCCUAUGGAAACUUCACCUUUGAUAUUCUUUGCAAUCACGUGAUUUACAACCGAGCAGCUUUUAAGAAAAUUUUCAAGACAAGAACAUUUUAUUUUACAAUUCUUCGUGAACCCGUUUCUAAUUUUUUGUCAGCCCUAAAUUACUACGGUCUAACAGACGGCUACAUAAGAAAAUUGUUGAUGGAAAAUACUUCCAAUCCCAUCGCCAACUUUUUAAAGAAUCCCCGUGUCUAUGAACCAAUGAAUGUGUAUCACUCCUUCACAGACAAUCGACAGCUCUUUGAUUUGGGGUUUUCUCCAGAGGCAAGUCCUAGGGAUCCCGAAUCCGUCAGAAGAUUUAUCAAAAGUAUAGAGGAGGACUUUCAUUUUGUGAUGAUAUUGGAAUAUUUUGACGAAUCAUUAAUUUUACUCAAAAGACUGAUGGGCUGGGGGUUUAAAGACAUCUUGUACAUCCCACAAAAUAAAAGACGGCAGACAUUAGUGUCCAACUUAACGGAGAAUGAUAAAUUAUAUUUCUAUAAAUGGAACAGUGGAGAUCUCAUGCUGUACAAACAUUUUUUGGGAAAUAUUACGAACAGAAUUAGAACACAAGGGCGUGGUUUGGAAAGGGAAGUGUCAACAUUUAGAAGAAUUCUACAAAAGGUUUUGAAUUUUUGUAAUCUCGACGAACAAGUGUUGCCACUGACGGUAGAAAAAACGCCUUGGGAUGAAGGAUUUGUCUAUCCAUACAAGGAGUGCCUGCUUCUUCGUCUUAAUGAACUGCAGUAUCUAGAGAGGUUGUUUGAUAUAGUAAUCAAAUAAACGCCGGAAUGACCUUUCACUGUCUAUACAGAGUUUUUAACAACCAAUGUUAACAUGUCUGAUACAACGGCGUUUUCAAGAUGUAUGCUACAUGCUUUUUACUUUGGAAUUAAAAUGCUGACUUUAAAGGCAA